GUAGUAACUGGGGUGAACACGUAUGCUAUUUUUAGACCUCCGCGAGCAGAUGGCAAAGAAGCCCUUCUGCUGAAUGUGCCGUAUGGUCUACUCAAUGGUAAACGAAAUGACCAUGCAUUGAGCCUGUCUAUGGCACUGAUGGUUAUUCUUUACAA